AUGUCCCCUAAUAUGUCCCUGUAAUAGAAAUGCCUCUACAGUGCCUCCCCAAUAGUAAUUUCCCCUCAUACUGCCCCACAGUAGUAAUUUUCCCUACAUGGCCCCAACAUAAUAACUUCCUCCCUCACUGCCCCCACAAUAGUAACUUCCCUCCUCACUGCCUGACAGUAGUAAUAUGCCCCACACUGCCUGCACAUAUUAAUUCUCCCACACUGCCUCCACAGUAGUAAUAUGCCCCAAAGUUGUAAUUCCCCCUGCAUAUUGUGAAGACAUUGAGUGCCGCGGUCUUCUCUCCAUCUUAUGAUCUCUUGGAACUCGACGGGCUAGGGUUCAACACUAUGGGCACCGCCACGGAUUGGAUCUAGUAAAAGUAAAUUUGUAAGUGGAGCUGUCUCUCCCUCAAACUAUUUUUGUUAUAAUGCCUGUGAUUGGCCGCAGUGGUCACAGGACCCAGCCGCUUACCGUUCCUGCAUGGACCAGAAGUGACUGGAAAUGGAACAGCGGUGCGACCACGGACAGUCUUCUUUUUUAUGUUGGAUGAAAGAUUUAUCACUCAAAGAAAGGUACUUUGUAGACAAAAAAGAUCUGCUCAUUCCUACGAAAUGAUCAUUCAUCAGUGUACAUGGUGACCUUAACAUUUUUUUUUCUGCAUUGUCUUUCCAGGUUCCAGCUGUUCUGCAAUAUUUAAUUUUUCCAUAUCUCAUUCAAUAGGAAAACCAGAGCUUUCACUGCACAUUAUCCAUGUGCAUCCAUUCAUUUAUGAAGUAUGUAAUGUUAGAGGAGAUGAAAGAAGGAAAUUAUCUGAUUAUGGUGCUUAGUAACAGCCAGGAGGCAAAUACGAGACUGGCAUCAACUGGGUCUGUAGCCGGUGGAAGGGGAGUUGGCUCAAGGAAUUCUGUUUCUUUUUCUAAAUAUGGUUCCAGUGCAGCAGGGGGAAAUUUUGGUGGAAAUGCAGGUUGCUACCAGGGUACAGAUUUUGGUUCUGGCAACUUAGGUGCUGGUUUUGAUGGUGGCUAUGGUGGUGCAGCAGGAGUUGGUUUUGGUGGUGCAGCAGAUGCUGGGUAUGGUAGCGGAGUUGGCUUUAGUGGUGGUGCUGGCUAUGGUGGUGGUGCUGGCUAUGGUGGUGGUGCUGGCUAUGGUGGUGGUGCUGGCUAUGGUGGUGGUGCUGGCUUCGGUGGUGGUGCUAGCUUCGGUGGUGGAGCUGGCUUUGGUGGUGGCUUUAACCAAGGUGGAUUUGGAGAGGGUCUUCUUUCUGGCAAUGAGAAGAUGACAAUGCAGAACCUAAAUGACCGUUUGGCAAACUAUCUGGACAAAGUGCGUGCCUUGGAAGAUUCUAAUGCAGAACUGGAGAAGAAGAUUCGGGAAUGGUAUGAGAAGCAGAGUCCCGUUAAAAAGGAAGCAGACUAUAGCCAAUACUAUAAGAUAAUCGAAGAUCUUCGUGCUAAGAUCCUUGCUGCCAAUAUUGAUAAUAACAAAGUGAUCUUGGCCAUCGACAACACAAGACUUACUAUUGAUGACUUCAGGAUCAAAUAUGAGAACGAGCUGGCUCUCCGCCAGAGCGUGGAAGCUGAUAUCAAUGGUCUCCGCAGGGUUCUCGAUGAACUCACCUUAGCCAAGGCUGACCUUGAGAGCCAGAUUGAAAGCUUAACUGAAGAACUGGCCUACCUGAAGAAGAACCAUGAGGAGGAGAUGAAGGGACUGCAAGGCCAAGUCAGUGGAAAUGUCAAUGUGGAGAUGAACGCUGCUCCUGGUAUUGAUCUGAGCAAGGUCCUGGCUGACAUGAGAGCUGAUUAUGAAAAAUUGGCUAACAAAUAUCAAAAAGAAGCUGAAGAUAGGUUCCUGGCCCAGACCAAGGAACUGCAAGUACAAGUUGUCACCGGAAGUCAAGAAGUCCAAACCUCUAAAUCAGAAAUCACAAACCUCAAACACACUCUACAGAGUCUAGAGAUAGAGUUGCAGUCUCAACUCAGUAUGAAAGCAGCUCUAGAGUCCUCCUUGGCAGAAACAGAAGGACGCUACUGCGCACAGUUGUCACAACUCCAGGAAGUCAUAGCCAAGGUCCAGUGUGAGCUUCAAGAGAUCAGGAGCCAACUGGAACUUCAGAGCAGUGAAUACAAGAUGCUAUUAGAUGUGAAGACUCGCCUGGAACAAGAGAUUGCCAAAUACAGAGAGCUGCUGGAUGGACAAGACAGCAAGAUUCCUGUAACUGGUGGAUAUUCCUCAACUACAAGCACUACCACUACAUCUACUACAAGAGUCCGCUGAGCCUGAAUCAAAGCAACCCAGAAAAAACAUGGCGUCGUCACACAGUCUGUUUUAUACUGCAUUGCCAAUAUAUACCUUCCACCUCUUCUCCCUGUUUCUUCAAAUGCAAGGACACUAGUUUACAAGGUGUUUCUCUAGCUUUUAUGGUGAUCAAUAAAUCCUUUCUUUUUUGCAAUUUA